AUGGCUACAACUGCUGAAAAAAAUUGUUGUUCUUUAUGUGGCGAAGAAAAAGCCAAAUCAAAAUGUGAAGGAUGUUCAAAAGAUUUUUGCUCCAGUCAUUUUGCAGAUCAUCGUCAAGAACUGAGUAAACAAAUAGACGAAGUAGAAGUCACAUGCAACCUCUUUCGACAAACACUUACCGAACAAACAUCUCCAUCAUUAAAGCAUUCAGUGAUGCAAAACAUUGAUAAAUGGGAACGUGAAUCUAUCGAGAAAAUUCAACAAGCAGCAGAAGAAGCUAGACAAUUAUUACUCAAGUAUAUCACUGAAAAUAAAACCGAAACAAGACUUCACUUGAAUAAAUUGACUGAUCAAAUAUGGCAAACUCGUCAAGAAAAUAACUUUGUUGAAACAGAUAUAAGUCAAUGGCAAGAAGAACUAUACAGAUUAAAAAAAGAACUCACCAAUUCAUCGAAUAUUACACUUCAACAAGAUUCUACAUCACUUGUGCACAAGAUUUAUGUUCAUAUGAAAACUAGUAAUUAUACUGUUUAUAUUUGUACACAACUAUAUGUACCAAACAUUAGCGCUAACGCAAAAUGGAUACAAAAUGGUAUUACUGUAGCUGGUGGUAAUGGACGAGGUGCAGGAUUGAAUCAACUAAAUUAUCCACGCAAUGUCUAUAUUGACAUUGAUCAGACUAUGUAUAUUGCUGAUUAUUUGAAUCAUCGUAUUGUGGAAUGGAAAUAUGGAGCAGCCUGUGGUCAAGUUGUUGCUGGCGGAAAUGGAUUGGGAAAUCGAACUCAUCAAUUGAAUAAUCCAUCAGAUGUUAUCGUUGAUGAAGAACGAGAUUGUCUCAUCAUUUCUGAUUAUGCUAAUCGACGAGUGAUGCGAUGGCCUCGUCGAAAUGGCACCAAUGGGCAAAUACUCAUAUCUAAUAUCGACUGUUCGGGAUUAACGAUUGAUAAUUAUGGAUUUUUAUACGUUUCUGAUUCUCAAAAUCAUGAAGUAAGACGAUGGCGAAUGGAAGAUAGUAGUGGAACGGUGGUGGCCGGUGGUAAUGGUAGAGGUAGUCGCCUUGAUCAACUCAGUUUUCCUACCUCGAUAUUUGUCGAUCGAGAUCACUCAGUUUACGUUUCGGAUUCCGAAAAUCAUCGUGUAAUGAAGUGGAUGAAAGGUGCAAGAGAAGGUAUUAUCGCUGCAGGUGGUCAAGAUAAAAAAAAAAGCUCAAUACAAUUAUCAUCCCCUCGUGGAAUCUUUAGUGAUUCGUUGGGUAAUGUCUAUGUUGUAGAUUGGAGUAAUGCUCGAGUAUUACGUUGGUCUAAAGGAGCUACUCAGGGUACUAUUGUUGUUGGUGGAAAUGGGGAAGGAGCAGAAGCUCACCAGCUUUACUGUCCAAUGGGCUUGUCGAUCGAUCGCCAUGGCAAUCUUUAUGUUGUUGAUAAUUCUAAUCAUCGAAUACAACUAUUCAACAUCGAUCCAAAAUCAACUUCGCUUAAUUGA